ACGUACUGGGUCGCAGCCUCCCCGCAGCAUCCUCCUCACUGCACGUUCAGAUAUGAUGGGACACAGAGCAUUUUAAUAGUUGAUCCGUGAAGAGUUCGACUCAACAUGAUACAAGUAUUAUUAUUAUUACAGCUCAAUUUUUGGUAAACGGCAGACGUAUCAAAAACGAGAGCAUCUUUAUUAUUUUUUUACAGGUAGGAUCAACUAGCAUGAGCAUGAACGUGAUAACGGGUGUGCUGAUGAGUUUGGUCACGUUGCUCCCGGGCUCCUCGGCAGAGCCUGAAACAUGCCCUUCUGUGUGUGAAUGCUCCGAGUGGAAGUUUUUGACCAUCUCCUGUUUUGACAUCGAAAGUUUCCCGAGAUUUCCAGCAAGCACUGAGACGUUAUGGCUUCUGGAAACUCGCCUGCCGUCCGUUCCAGCCAACGUCUUCUCUCACAUGGUGAACCUCUCAAAAAUAUACAUCUCAGUGGACGUCAUGUUGAAGCGGUUGGAGAGGCACUCCUUCUACAAUCUGAAGAAAAUCACCAACAUAGAGAUUCGCAACACGAAGAGUCUGACAUACAUAGACCCAGAUGCUUUUGGGAAUCUUCCAAACCUCAAAUAUCUGGGGAUUUUCAACACCGGCCUGGCUGUCUUCCCUCACCUGGGCAACAUCCAGUCUAUCGAUGUGAACUUCAUUCUCGAAAUCGUUGAUCACCCCUAUAUUAAGGAGAUCCCACCUAAUUCAUUCCGUGGUAUCACCGACGAUGUGCUGACUGUCAUGUUGUACGGGAACGGCUUCAGAGAGAUUCACCCCUACGCCUUCAACGGGACCAAACUGGAUCAAGUGUACCUUUACAGAAACAGGCAUUUGACCAAGAUGGAUGAGAAAGCUUUUAUGGGUGCGAUCAGAGGGCCCAUGCUCUUGGACGUGUCUCAGACCCGGAUCUCCUCGCUGCCCACCGUCGGCAUGGAGACGCUGCGGGAGCUGAUGGCGCGCGAGGCGUGGGCGCUGAAGAAGCUUCCGCCCAUCAAGACCUUCCAGCACCUGACCUCGGCCGACCUCACCUACCCCAGCCACUGCUGCGGCUUCAAGAACCUGAAGAAGAAGAGGGGCUUCCUGGAGUACCUGUGUAACCUGACGGCUCUGUACGACCAACACCACAAACGCUCCGUGGGGCCCCCGCGCGUCACCUCGCUCCAGGGAGCAGGAACGCCAGAGAGCCCCCUGCCUGUCCCCCCGAUGACGUCCCAAGACGACGUCGCGGACUCCCCCCGACUCAGGGAGGAGGGGGAGGAGGAGGAGGAGGCGUGGCGUCGGCGGCGGGGAGGAGACUUCCCUGGCAGCCUCCUCCACUACCACGCCUACUUCGGGGGCCAGGGGGGCGCCGACGAGGGGGUGGGCUUCGGCGAGACCCUGAAGAACGCACAGGAGGACGCGGGCCAGGACUUCGACAGCCGCUACGACUACGUGGUGUGCGAGGACGGCGAGGAGGUGACGUGCACGCCCGCGCCCGACGAGUUCAACCCCUGCGAGGACAUCAUGGGCUUCGGCUUCCUGCGCGUGUCCGUGUGGUUUGUCAGCCUGCUGGCCGUGCUGGGCAACGCGCUGGUGCUUCUGGUGCUGCUCACCAGCCACUACAAGCUCUCCGUGUCCCGCUUCCUCAUGUGCCACCUGGCCUUCGCCGACCUGUGCAUGGGCGCGUACCUGCUGCUCAUCGCCUCGGUGGACCUGCACACGCGCUCCGAGUACUUCAACCACGCCAUCGACUGGCAGACGGGCGCCGGCUGCGGCCUGGCGGGCUUCUGCACCGUGUUCGCCAGCGAGCUGUCGGUGUACACGCUGACGGCGAUCACGCUGGAGCGCUGGUACGCCAUCACCUUCGCCAUGCGGCUGGACCGCAAGCUGCGGCUGCACCACGCCGCCACCGUCAUGCUGGGCGGCUGGAUGGGCUGCCUGCUGCUGGCGCUGCUGCCCCUGGUGGGCGUGAGCAGCUACCAGAAGGUCAGCAUCUGCCUGCCCAUGGACACGCGCUCGGCGGCGGCGCAGGCCUACAUCGUGUCCGUGCUGGUGCUCAACAUCGCGGCGUUCGGCGUGAUCUGCGGCUGCUACGUCAAGAUCUACUGCGCCGUGCACAACCCGCACUACCGCUCGGGCUCCAAGGACACCAACAUCGCCAAGCGCAUGGCCGUGCUCAUCUUCACAGACUUCCUGUGCAUGGCGCCCAUCUCCUUCUACGCCAUGUCCGCCGUGCUGGACCGCCCGCUCAUCACCGUGUCCAACUCCAAGAUCCUGCUGGUGCUCUUCUACCCGCUCAACUCCUGCGCCAACCCCUUCCUGUACGCCAUCUUCACCAAGGCCUUCCGGGGGGACGUCUUCAUCCUGCUCAGCAAGGUGGGCCUCUGCCAGCGGCAGGCCCAGCUGUUCCGGGGGCAGACCGUGUCGUCCAAGGGGGGCAGCAGCGCCACCGCCGCCACCUGCCAGUGGUGGCGGGAUCGGGGCGGGGAGGACAAGAGGAUGAAGAAGAAGAAGAAGAAGGGGAGGAUGGAGGAGACGCCGAUCCACCGGAGACGGGACGAGUCGUCGGGACACAGCAGCCAGCAGCCCCUCAGCAGCCAGCAGCCCAGCCCGGAGGAGAGCGGGACUCUGGACACGUGAUCCCAUGCAGAGCGUCCCGCCGAGCAGGGGUAGAGGAGACGGCAGUGGGGGCUGGUCCGGGCGUGGGAGAGGGGCCGGACGGACGGAUGGAUGGACAGACGGAGGAGGACGGAAUGGUUCUGCGAGAGUUAAACAGGAGGCUCGGAGGCCCCAGGGCGGGGGCUGGGGUUCACAGGUGGGGUUCAGCUGUUUUCACCAUCUCCAGCCUGGGAAGAUCAUACGGCCGGGCCACUUGUUGGACAGUAUCGCGUGUCACGGAAAUAUGUGACAUCGGCUUCGUCUCACUUUGGUUUGUUAUUUUUUUCUAUUGGAGGAGUUAACGUUUUAGCGCAAUGUUUACAAAGAAAGGGACACACACCCGUAUAGAUGUAUACUGUGUAGCCUAAAGAAAGGGAAUUACAAUUUUAAAAGCCUUAUAUUAUAAAGUAAACGCAGGGAAGACUUGAAUUCUCUUUUUAUGUGCUUUUGUUGAGUCGAAAGACAGAAGGCGCGUCCCUAAUAGUGACAUUUUACUCUUGUACAUGUUGUAAAUAAAAUGACCUAUGUUUCUAAUUAAAUGGACAAGAAUUAAUAUCUGACCUCCGGGAUUGCUUUAUCCAAAGCUCUUUUUUUUAAAACUGGAAGUGAACAUUAUGACUUAACAUUAAAAUGUAACCAGAGUGGUUGAAUAAA